AUUUAGAUGCGCAGUGGAUCAUUAUUGACAUCAAAAUGCCGUCGGAGGCUCCAGUUUUACCCACACAACCAGAAAAACCUCACCAUUAUACAUAUUUGAAGGAGUUUAGAACACAACAAUGUCCCCUCUUCCUGCAACAUAAGUGCACGCAACAUCGGCCGUUCACAUGUUUUCAUUGGCACUUUAUGAAUCAAAGGCGCAGGAGACCGAUCCGGAAGAGAGACGGAACGUUCAGUUAUAGCCCAGAUAUAUAUUGUACAAAAUUUGAUGAAACUACAGGCAUUUGUCAAGAUGGCGAUGACUGCCCAUUUUUACACAGAACUGCAGGUGAUACAGAGAGACGAUAUCAUUUACGUUACUACAAAACAGGAACUUGUGUGUAUGAAACGGAUGCCAAAGGCUGUUGUGUUAAGAACGGGCCACACUGUGCAUUUGCACAUGGUGCACAGGACUUGCGUGCCCCAGUCUAUGAUAUCAGAGAGUUGCAGAAUCUAGACCAGCCGCCACCUGUAGGACCAGAAAAACCAACCAAUGGAAGUCUGGGAUCUUCUGGGAGUUUAGAGAAGGACAAGAUACUAACAGAAGACCCCAGAUGGAAUGACACAAAUUUUGUUUUAGCAAAUUAUAAAACAGAGCAGUGCAAGCGGCCACCACGGUUAUGUAGACAAGGCUAUGCAUGUCCCCAGUUCCACAACACACGUGACCGGAGACGUAGCCCCAAGGUGUUCAAAUACAGGUCCACACCUUGUCCUAAUGUGAAACAUGGGGAUGACUGGGGUGACCCCUCUGUCUGUGAGGCAGGAGACAACUGCCCCUACUGUCAUACUAGGACAGAACAGCAGUUUCACCCAGAGAUCUACAAGUCUACCAAAUGCAAUGACAUGGUGCAAACUGGAUACUGUCCUCGUGGAUCUUUUUGUGCUUUUGCUCAUGUGGAACAGGAAAUGGUAAGCCAGAGGGAUAUAGCAGCAACAACAACUAGUAGUUCACUAGCAGCUUUUCUGCCAAAUGAGCUGCAAAAGCAGACAUCUAUAGAUAACACACAAAGUGAAAAAAGGGAUAGCAAUUUGGAAUCAAGUAUUGAACACCAAGACAGUAUAGCUUUAUCCAAAGAUGUAACAGCUGAUCAUGUUGAUUAUAAAGUGCCAGCACCUAUUGGGAAAGAAAGAGCAGAUAGCUCUCCAGUGACACCUCCAAUUACAGGUCAGUUGUCCUCUCCAGUUUUUAUUGGCCACGGUGUACCUGGUCCUAUAGGGAAAGGACGCUCUAGUAGCACUUCCAGCAGUAUUAGUACUUCAGAUAGCGGGUUCUAUCAAAGAACACCAGGAAUUGGGAGAGAAGAUACUCAGCCACAGACAGUCAUGUCUCAGGCCAAGCUUAGGCAGCAGUUACAAGCUAUAGAAAAUGAUCCCAGUUUGGACACUUCUGAAAAGGCUAAGAGAAAACAAAAUCUAAUACUAAUCCAUACGCUAAAUGGGAGUAAUAGCUCUGCAACACCUAAUAAUAGCUCAGUAUCAUCGGCUACAUCCACUAUGUCGCCACUUGCACCGCCUUUCUUUCCCCCUGGUGAUACUGUGGAGUCUGUUAUAGGCAAUGCACUGGAAGAUCUCAAUUUGGAAGAUUUUGACCUUUCCUCUAUAGACAAGGAACUAGAGAAGGAUAAUGACAACAACUCCGUGUGCAGUUCAAUAAGUGCAGGGUUUUCCUCUAAUUAUCUAGGAUCAUCAUCUGGGCCUGUCAAUAUCCCAGAUGGCGGUGUAUCCCGAGGCAGUGCAGGCAGUCUGGACUCGCCUGUAUCUUCUUUAGGUAGUUUGCCCCCAGCUUUUGUACCACAACAGAUGCAGCUGCAACAGAAACAGGAGCAACAGCUAGAACAGGCUGCAGCUGCUUUCCUGAGUCAACCCAAUCCAGGAAAGUACCACAUGCCAGGGUUCUCAGACUAUACCAAUAACUCCCCCAGGAGCAGUACAGGUGGGGCAUUAUCCCCCCUGGUGGCACCUUCACCAACCUUCAGCUCAAAUAGUGAGAUGCACAGGCUUCGAGAGGAGCUCAUGGCCAAUAAGUCCAAGCUGCAUUCUUGGGAGGAGGGUAUUUCGCAAGCCAGGAGUGCUUGUGAUGCUUGGAAAAAAGAGGCAGAAGAAUCUUUAAAGAAGGCAAAAAUUGCAGAAGCAGAGAAAUUAGAAAUUAUGAGGCAAAGAGAUGAGGCAUUGGGUCAAGUUGUGAAAUUAACACAAGAAGUAGAACGGCUAAAUGGAGGACCCUUUUUACACUGUUUAAAACGUAUCAAUGAACUGGAAAACUUGCCAAUAGCUCAGUUGAAAAAUUUGCAGACUCAGCUACGAUUAGAUUUAGAUAGAUUAGAUAAAAUCGUAUAUCAGUAUACAGCCAUGAAAUGCCUAGUAUGUCAAGACAAGAACCGAAGUGUAGCUGUUAUGCCUUGUAAUCACUAUGUACUGUGUGAUAGCUGCUCCAGUUUAACCACGGAAUGUCCGUACUGCCAUGCCCCUAUAACACAGAGAUCCAGCAUUGUACUGCCUCUAUAAUCAUCUCUCUCGUUAGUCAUUUUAACCAUACAUUUUAUAAAAUAAGGGGAGAAAGGUGCUGAUUUUUUUUUCUUGGGAGAAAAGGAGCUUUAACAGAUUACAAAUACAGGAUGGUGGAUCAGGUUCUCAUAUAAGGAUUAUACUAUACAGUUAUAUAUGCCAGGAUGGUAGCAGAGGAUGAUUUCCCAAUAGACGAUUGUAAUCAAAUGACAUUGCAGUUGCUUUCUUUCAUGCCUGGAGAUGGUAUUUCAAGUACACUUUACUUCAUAUCAAUGAUUGUGAAUGGACAUCAAAAAAGCAUUGGUGCAUUACAAUAAUGACAAUCGGGAUGUUUAAAUCUGAACUUUUUGGAAGUCAGAGUUUAGCUUGAUGCAGUUAUGCAUUACAUUGCAAUAUUUUCUUAUAUGAUUGACUAAGUAAUUGAGGGAGAAGGUGGUAUAUUGUGUCUAAUUAGACCAUUCUUAUAGAGGCAAUAUUGAAGAUUAGACUUGUAACUUGAUUUCCUUCAUAAUCACAAACCUGUUUUCACAGCUUCAAGAAUUGGACUUUACAUGACUAUCAUUUCAUUUUUGAGAGACCUCUCUUUGUGCCCAUUGUUUUAAAUAUAUAUUAUUAUAAUUGGUUUACAUUGAAUUUGAUUAUGUUUUGAGUACUAUUGAUCCUUCUUUACCUAUAAGGUAUGAUUAUUUCUGUUGAUGAUUGAUUGUAGGCACAAAUUUACACCAGGCAGAGCUGGCUCUUGCUUCCACUAGAACAGGCAUUAUGAAAUGAUAAAGUUUUCUUCAUUCUCCUUUUGUAAAUUUUACCAUUGUCAUGAAAUGUCAUAGUAAAUUGAAAAUCUAUUAAAGAAAAGCAUCCCUCCAUUUUUUUUUCUUUUUUUAAGUUUGAAUAAGGUACCUGGUUGUUGGUUUUUGUAUAUUAUUAAAUAUUUCUCAA